UUGUAAAGCACUUUGAAUUGCCUUGUGUUGAAAAGUGCUAUAUAAAUAAACUUGCCUUGCCUUGCCUAAUAAAUGCCACUACAAUGUCCGAGCUGGAUGAAGUUGUCACCAGUGCUGUUGUGGUAUUCUCCAGCUCCCACAGUGACAGAAAUGUUGGAAAAGAUUUUGAAAAUCUCCAAGGACUACUGACAAAUUCAGUCAAACUUGGACGAUUCAACCAUUGUGGAAGACUGUGUGGUAUGUAAUAAUUAUGUGAAUGUUGGAAGUUGUUUCAUAGCUCAAAAAUAUCAUUACAAAUUAUUUGUUUACCUUCAAGUACAACACAGCACAGAAAAGAGGACAGAGGCAGUGUGACCAGAAACAAUGAAAAAUAUUAACAUGGUUUACAUAUUUUUCUAUUACCCCAAGCUCAAUGCAAUGCAACUAAAGUUAUUUGUGGAUUGUUUUUUCUAGAAUGAUAUCGGACCUACGCCCUUCAAACAGCAUUUUGAGGACUUAAUAACCCAAACAGUUAUUGAGAAAUCUGGUGAUGACAACAUGUACUUCUGCCCGACUUUCAUCCCUUCCUUGCUUAAGUACUUUCUGCCCCUGGCUGGUCUGUGGUCUGGCCUACUCUUGGGUGACCUUGGAUGCCAUGGAACAGGGACCAUUUAUCAGAAACUUUCCCAGAAGUACAAAAAUGCUGCAAAAAAACCCACACAGAAUUACACAGAGGACAACAAAACUCAAGGGAUAAUGGAAAAAAUCCAGUGGGACCUCAAAGAGAUCCGUUUUCAAUGGAGACGUCUGACCAGGCUGGACGAUUUUGUACAUACAUACAAAGUCACCUUGAGCGCCCUGCUAAGGGAAUAUGGCGACUCUCUGAGGAGGGGGAAGAAGACCCAUCGUGUGGACAUGGAGCGAUGGAAAAAAAGAAAGCAGAACAGGCGAGGAGUUUAUGUGACACCCAUAAACAAGCCUUUUGUUUUCAGACAGCACAAGAAGAAUCUCAUGCAGAAGACAAAAACAGCAAAAGCUCCAGCUCCACUACAAAAACAAGCGCCAGGUGAAACGGAAGCACAUAUUCCAUCACAGGAUCCAAAAGACAAGGCAAGACAAGGUCAAUCUUCAUCCACAUCAGACAUGACGGAGCAUGCUGAGGAUGACGCACAGGGAGGUAAAGUGGAUGCUUCAUCAGAGCUUGUGGAAAAAAAAGGACACUGAGGUGGUGGUGUCUGUAGUCCCCACUCAAAUAAGAGGCAACAGUUUUACCAUCCGUCACUCUGACAUGCGGACCCUUAGACCACACCAGUGGCUUACAGGCGAGAUCAUCGAGUGUCUUUUCCAUAUACAUGCACAUAAAUGUGAACUGGGGACGAGGAUUUAUAUUCUCAACCAUUACUCAGCUGGUGUGAUCCUCUUUGGGAAAAGAGAAGAGGUCAUGAAGCACACUUUGUCAAAGAUACACUUUGACAGCUAUGGAGCCAUUGUGUCCUUUGUACAUGUGGACGGUGUACACUGGACAUUUCUGUACAUCAAUGCUGAAGAAAGCACAGUGUAUUUGGCAGAUCCUGCACGCAACUCUGCAGAGCAGGCAGAGUCAGACAAUGCUGCCAACAAAUUCAGUGAUUACUUCAAAAUGAGGAGGACCUGCUGCAGUAAGACAGACUGGGUAGACAUAAAAUGGAAGAGAGGAGUAAUGAAACACCCAGUACAGCAGGAUGGCAAUAGCUGUGGGGUAGUUGUCUGCAUGAUGGCAAAGGAGGUCAUGGAAGUCUUUCCUAAAACACCAACAAUGGCCUUUGGGACCACAAAAAAGGAGAUGGCGCAUCAAAGAAAAGUGUUGGCCAUGGAAAUACUGACAGCAUCAGUGUUUGACAAAGAAGUCAACUGUGCCAUGUGUGCCGGCAUAAAACCACCCGGCUCAAUGCCACAUCACACCCACACUGACUGGAUUCAGUGUGACAGCUGUUUCCGGUGGUGCCACACACAGUGCCUGCAUAUGGACCAAAAGUCUCUUGAAGUUGGGGACUGGGUUUGCUCUCUGUGUGACAAAUAAUGUUUGUGCAUGAACAUGCGGUUGCUGUAUGUCCUAUAUUAACAAAAAGGCACCAGCUGGGGACUGGGACUCCAGACUUUUCCAAAAAGCAGGGGAUGUGGUUGCUGUGAAAUAGUUUUCAUUUAUAUGCUCAAUUUGAUAUAUUUAGAAUAUAUAUUUGAGAUUUGUUUAACUAAGAAGUGACCGUUGAAUAAAUAUUGCAAAACAAAGCCUAUAU